AUGUUGCUUCAUUCGAUCAUCUUCGUUUCAUUUAUCAUUUUAACAAAUAGCAUAACAAUUUUGCCAUUGAAUAGAACUACGACUACGAAAAAAACAACAACAGUUCCAACGGAAACUUUUACAGUACUAAGUACAUUACCACCAACAACGAAAGAAUAUGACGCAGAAAUUACAACAACAACAACAACAACAACAAUGGAAUAUGAAGAAGAAAUUACAACAACAACAAUACCAGCAAAAUCUAUCGACCAUAAUAAAUCUUAUGAAUUUCAAUCGAACUUUAGUCGUAAUAAUGAUGCCGUUUUUGUUUCUAUUCAUUCAAAUGUAUCUGAUACAUUUGUAUCGAUUAGUAAUGUAUUUACUGAUGAUAAAUAUGACAACUAUUCAUGUGAAAUUUUAUUUAAUGAACAUUCAAAUAAAUUAAAUCAAAUAUUCAAAACAAAAAUUAUUAUUGAUUUCAAUCUAUCCUUAACACGUGAUUUGGCUAUUCAACUUGGUGAUCGUUUAAUUGAUAUUGCAGAUCUUCUAUCAACAAUUCAAUCGAUGGACAAUCAAAAUAAGACAUUAGAAACUGAUCAUUAA